CCUACAAAUUGACAACAAAUUAAACUGGAAAACACAUAUUCAAUACAUUAUCCCUAAACUAAACUCACAUGUUUUGCUAUGAGGGCAGUUGCAGGACUCAUGGAGACAGAAACUUUAAAAUUAGUUUAUUUGCUUACUUCCAUUCCAUGUCAUAUCGAAUAAUUUUCUGGUUAAAUUCAACAGACAGCAUAAAAGUAUUUUACAUUAAAAAAAAAUCAUUUGAAUAAUGGCAAGCACUAAAAGGAGAGCCUCUUGUAGGGAAUUAUUUAAGAAGUUUAAUAUUCUUUCAUUAGCCAGUGAAUUCUUGCUCUCACUAUUAUCAUUUAUAGUGGAUAAUUGGAAAAAUUUCAAUCAAAUUCAGAUAUCCACAAUAUAAGAAACAGAUACAGAUACAACCCUCAUAUGCCAAAUUCUAACCUCAGUAAAUAUCAAAAAGGAGUUUACUGUACUGGAAUUAAAUUAUUCAAUAAUCAUCGACCUACUAUCAAAAGUUUAAAUCACGAUAUAAAAAUGUUUAAGCCAGUGUUAAAAGAAUAUCUCCUAUCUCACGCCUUCUAUUCAGCAGAAGAAUUUACAUCACCCAAAAAGUCUCGACUAUUAUAAAUACAUGCUUAACAUGGCUUAUGGUUUACAGAACUGAAAAGUUUCAGAAACUAAAGGCAGAAGUUGAAAGGCAGAGCAAAAAGUUGGAAAAGAGGAAAGAGGCUCAUGGAGAUUCUCUGGACAAACAACAUAAAAAGAAGAUUGAGCGUGAAGAAGAGAAACUUAAGAACAACAAUCGUGAUCUCUCACUUGUGAAGAUGAAAUCAAUGUUUACCAUAGGCUUUACAUUUACAGCCUUAUUGAGCAUGUUCAAUAGCAUAUUUGAUGGAAGAGUAGUUGCAAGGUUGCCAUUUGUCCCAGUCUCAUGGAUUCAUGGUUUGUCACACCGAAACUUAUCUGGAGAUGACUACACUGAGUGUUCCUUUAUCUUUCUUUACAUUCUUUGCACCAUGUCUAUUCGUCAGAACAUCCAGAAAAUGCUGGGGUUUGCUCCAUCAAGAACUGCAAGCAAGCAGAGUGGCAGUAUAUUUGGUCCUCCACCUCAACAGUUUAAGUGAUGUGUGUCAUUCUUAGUAAUGUUGGAUUCUGUUUCUGGGUAUUGGUCUAAGUUUUGGCAAGGGAACUAUUGUGAUAUUCUAUGUUUUUACAGUGAUCAGAAUUUAUAUUGAUCUGUGGAGUUCAUUAGUUACAAAUAUUGCAUAUUCUUUAUACUCUCAAGAGAAUAAAGAUCAGAGAUACAGUGGAUUCUGGUUAAUUGGGACACAUCAUUACUAGAACACUUUGGCCCAAUUAUGCAACUGCCGCAAUAAUGUGAAGUUCCAUGUAAAGAGUUAAAAUGGUUUGUUGUUUAAGAUUUGUUCCAAAGAAACAGCUGCCCCGAUUGACUGAUGGCCCAAUUAACUGGAAUCUACUGUAUAUCAUUGGUAAGAUGGCA